UUUUUUAGAAAUGGGGGGACAAUUGAACAGGAUGGAUAUGGGUGGAUAUUUGUAUGGAAGUUUUGGUGGAAAGGAGGGGGAUAAUGAUACGAUUAUAAAUGAGCCAGUUAUCUUCGUUCAUGGAGUAACUUUACGGGCCGGCGUUUUUGUUUCUCAUCGAAAUUAUUUUUUAGGGAAAGGAUAUUCCACAUCUGAGGCAAGUUUUGACACCCACAAAAAUAAUUUUUUAAAAAUAAUUCUAAAGUUAUACGCGACAACCUACGCCGAUGGAGGGCAUACUCCUUUUUAUAUGAAUGAAUUGGAAUGUUCAAGUGUUAAACAAAUAAGAGAGUUUAUCCUAGCUGUUCAUAAUUAUACUGAAAAAACUGGUAGGGAUAAAAUAACGGGAUCUUUUCUCUUAAAGUAUUUCUCUCAAUUUGAAUAA